UUUAAUGAUAAGAAUGAAAUACAGUAUAUUUCUAACAAUCAUGAGAUAAAUAAAGUUAUUUUAACUGCUUUAAAAGACUUAGAUGAUACAUUUUUUGUUGAACAUUCAAAUUCUGAAAAAACUAAUUCUGUAUUAAAUAAUGACAAUAACAAAGAAAUUCUUGAUAUUAAUUUAGAUAGAUUAAAUAAAUUUGAAUUUAUAGAAGUUUCUGAUAAUUAUAUAAAAGAUGUAAUUUGA